AUGGCCGUCAGCUACACCAACGGCACCAAUGGCGCCGAGCCAGCGGCCAAAAGGCUGUGGACGCACCACUCGCCGCAAAACACUCCUAUGCACGCUUUCCUACAACACAUUAACAAAAAGUACCAUCUCCAACUCAAAUCUUACGACGAUCUUUAUGCCUGGAGUAUUGAGAACAUCGCCGCCUUCUGGGGCGAGGUCUGGGAUUAUGUUGGGAUCAAGGCUUCCCAGCCCUACGAAGAGGUCGUCAACGAGGCCGCGCCCAUGUUUCCGCGUCCGGCCUUCUUCCGCGGCGCCAAACUUAACUUUGCCGAAAACUUGCUGUUCCCGAGUGUCAACGUUGAUGAAAACAGCCCGGCCGUGAUUGCUGCCACUGAGACUUCGCGCCAGGUGGUCACGUGGAAAGAGCUCCGGGAGCGGGUGAAGCAAUGUCAGGCUGGCAUGAUCGAGUUCGGGCUGCAGGCAGGAGACAGAGUUGCUGGCUAUGUUGCCAAUCAUACCGACGCUCUGGUGGCUAUGCUUGCCGCGACUUCUCUCGGGGCCCUUUGGACAGCUGUUUCGCCGGAUACUGGUGUCCACGCCGUUUUGGAGCGGUUGCGCCAGAUUGAGCCAGUGCUAAUUUUUGCUGAUAACGCCUCGUUUUACAACGGCCGCAGUCAUCCCGUCCUCCCCAAAGUUCAGGAAAUCGUUGCAUCACUUCCUUCUGUGCGCGGAGUCGUGGUUCUGCCUACCGUAUCUUCAGUGGACGUCGACUUGGCCUCCCUUGAAGGACCGUCGAGGAAAGCUUACGCGUAUUCCACUUUCGCAUCGGCAAAAUCUGCAGAGCUCAUCUUCAAACAGUUGCCUUCAGACCACCCGGUGUACAUUUUGUACAGCAGCGGGACCACAGGAGCACCAAAGUGUAUUGUUCAUGGCGCAAUCGGCACUCUCAUCCAGCACAAGAAGGAGCAUGUGCUGCAAUGUUCCAUCAAGCCCGGGUCGCGGCUCUUCUACUUUACGACAUGCACCUGGAUGAUGUGGCACUGGCUUGUCUCAGGGCUCGCCAGCGGAGCCACACUCGUUCUCUACGACGGCUCGCCCUUUCGCUACACCUCCACCAGCGAACCGGGCACAUCCGUCGCCGACGACUUGGCCAUGGCGCGUCUUGUCGAUGAGCUGGGCAUCACGCACUUCGGCACUUCAGCCAAAUAUCUCUCCGUGCUCGAACAGAAGGACGUCAUGCCGCUCAAGACGCUCUCGCUCGCCACACUCGAGGCCAUCUACAGCACGGGCUCGCCGCUCUCGCCCAGCACUUUUGAGUACGUGUAUAAGGCCUUCCCGCCGACCAUCAACCUCGGCAGCAUCACAGGCGGCACCGACAUCAUCUCGCUCUUCGGCGCGCCAUGCCCGCUCGCACCGGUGCACGCCGGCGAGAUCCAGGUCGCGGGGCUGGGCAUGGCCAUCCGCGCUUGGGACUACCUGGGCACCGACGUGACGGCGAGCGGCGAGCCCGGCGACCUCGUUUGCGUGCGGCCCUUCCCCUGCCAGCCCGUCAUGUUCUGGAGCGGCGAAGAGGGCGAGCGCAAGUACCGCGGAUCGUACUUCGAGAAGUUCGAGCCGAAGGAUGGCGCCGGCCCGAUAUGGCACCACGGCGACUUCGUGCGGUUCAAUCCGAAGACGGGCGGCUUGGUGAUGCUGGGACGCAGCGACGGCAUCCUCAAGCCCGCCGGCGUGCGCUUCGGCAGCGCCGAGAUUUACAACGUCUUGCUCGCGCACUUCCCCGAGGAUGUCGCGGACGCGCUGUGCAUCGGGCGGAGAAGGGAGGAGGAUACGGAUGAGACGGUCGUGCUGUUCGUGAAGAUGGCUGAAGGGAAGAAGUUCAGCGAGGAGCUGGUGGACAACAUCAGGAAGGUGGUGAGAAAGGAGCUGAGCGCGCGUCAUGUGCCUGGCGCUGUGGACGAAUGCCCUGAGAUUCCGGUCACGACAAACGGCAAGAAGGUUGAGGGUGCUGUUAAGCAGAUUCUCUGUGGUUUGAAUGUCAAGACUUCAGCAUCAGUUGCGAAUGCUGAGUGCUUGGACUUCUACCGCCAAUGGGCACAGACGCACUAG